AUGAGUGGUCCAUGUUGUGUUGAUCCUGGUGCAAAACAAAGUCAUGAAGUAUGUGGUCGUAUGGAAGAAAUUGGAGGGGUAAAUACUUAUAAAACUGGUGAAGGAAAAUCAGCAAUUGUUAUAUUUACUGAUGUUUUUGGUAAUAGUUUUGUAAAUGUCCAAAAAAUAGCUGAUACAUUUGCUGAAAAUACUCAAACAACAGUUGUUAUUCCUGAUUAUUUUAAUGGAGAUCCAAUUGAUGCUAAUGUACCAAAUCUAAUGGAAGUUUUACCUGCUUGGUUAAAAAAACAUCCUACAAAAGAUACAUGUUUAAUUGCUGAAAAAUUUAUUUCAACUAUUAAACAAGAUUAUCAAUCAAUUCAAAUAAUGGGAUUUUGUUAUGGUGCUAAAUCAGUUGUUCAUUUACUAAUUCAUCCAGAAUUUUCAUCAAUAAUAAAAGGAGCUGUUGUUGCACAUCCAUCAUUUUUAGUUAAAGAAGAAGCUACACAAAUUAAACAAUCAAUUCUUUUCUUAUGUGCUGAAAAUGAUCAAAUAUUUACUCCUGAUCUUCGAGAAGAAUUUGAAAAAGAAUUAAAAUCAAAUCAUUACGGAAAAUUUAUUGAUUAUCCUGGUACAAUUCAUGGAUUUGUUGUUAGACCACAUGAUUCCCCUCAAGCUUAUCAACAAAGAGAUAAAGCGAUUCAAGAUGCUAUACAAUAUUUUAAACAAAAUAUUUAA